GUUUUCGUAAAACUGGCAGCUACAUAAAUCACCACAACCAUAUUUAGCCCAGCCGGAAUUGAACUUUCGUGAGCUCCACUCUAUCUCUCCUCGCUCGUCUUCUUCACCUGAGCGAACGAAAAAGAAUCGAAGCAAAGCGACCUAACUCUCAGAGCAACAAUGGCAGGCUCCGCCAUGGUGUUGGACCCGAAACCCUUACCGGAGCCACCGGCUUCGUUCCCCUCCAUUAGAUCGGACCUCCAGGCUUCGUCGGAGCAGCACCAGGCCUCCGACGAGGACGAUCUCUACAGCCGCCUCAAAUCCCUUCAGCGGCAACUCGAGUUCAUCGACAUCCAGGAGGAGUAUGUCAAGGAUGAGCAGAAGAACCUGAAGCGCGAGCUCCUUCGUGCCCAAGAAGAGGUCAAGAGGAUCCAGUCGGUGCCCCUCGUCAUCGGCCAGUUUAUGGAGAUGGUCGAUCAGAACAAUGGGAUUGUGGGCUCCACCACUGGCUCCAAUUACUAUGUUAGGAUUCUCAGCACCAUUAAUCGGGAGCUUCUCAAGCCUUCUGCUUCGGUCGCCUUACAUCGCCACUCCAAUGCCCUUGUCGACGUUCUGCCUCCGGAGGCCGACUCCAGCAUUUCGCUCCUUAGCCAGUCUGAGAAGCCCGACGUCACCUAUUCUGAUAUUGGAGGAUGCGAUAUUCAGAAGCAAGAAAUCCGUGAAGCAGUAGAACUGCCACUUACUCACCAUGAGUUAUACAAACAGAUUGGAAUAGACCCUCCACGUGGCGUAUUGCUCUAUGGUCCACCUGGAACUGGUAAAACCAUGUUAGCAAAGGCUGUUGCUAAUCAUACAACUGCUGCCUUCAUUAGAGUUGUUGGUUCAGAAUUUGUUCAGAAGUAUUUGGGUGAGGGUCCACGAAUGGUUCGUGAUGUUUUCCGUCUUGCCAAGGAGAAUGCACCUGCAAUCAUUUUUAUUGACGAGGUGGAUGCUAUUGCUACCGCUAGGUUUGAUGCUCAAACUGGAGCUGACAGAGAAGUACAGAGAAUCCUUAUGGAGCUCCUCAAUCAGAUGGAUGGUUUCGACCAGACGGUAAAUGUUAAGGUCAUAAUGGCGACUAAUCGAGCAGACACAUUGGAUCCUGCACUUCUUCGUCCUGGAAGGCUUGAUAGGAAGAUUGAAUUUCCUUUGCCUGAUAGGAGGCAGAAAAGACUUGUUUUUCAGGUUUGCACUGCUAAAAUGAACCUGGGUGAUGAGGUGGACUUGGAAGAUUAUGUAUCUCGGCCAGAUAAAAUCAGUGCUGCUGAGAUUUCAGCUAUAUGUCAAGAAGCGGGAAUGCAUGCAGUUCGCAAGAACCGGUACGUCAUACUCCCGAAGGACUUUGAGAAGGGUUACCAAAUCAAUGUGAAGAAGCCCGACACUGACUUUGAAUUCUACAAAUGAUCGGUGCUUGAAGCUCAUAUGAUAAUGCCGUUGCUCAGGUUGCUGAAGGUCAUUAUCACGAAAGCCGCAUCUGGAGAUUAGUUUCUUUGAACAAUUAUAUAGUCCAAUGGAGGGGUUGUCUGUUAGGACAUUCCAAGUUAAUGCGGUGAUGUAUGAUGCUGAGCCAUGAAAUGGUUUUAUUUUCUAAAGAUAUUUUUCUUGUUGUCUUUUAAAUUUCUGGAUGCGUUUUAGUUGGAGACUUGUUUAGGGAAACUGUAACAAAGCAUACUGAAAUUACUUUUCAUUCUUACUGUUUGUAGUGAUGCACACUUUGCUCGCUUGUUACUUG